UUUGCGGCAAAGUGUUUUUUGCAAAAAUUGCUUGCAGUUCCCUUAGUAUACUCGGACUACUCCUUUCAUUUCAAUAAUUUCGCAGUGCUUUGUGUGUUCCUCGGUUUAUUUUGGUUUUCCCGAGACAUACCUUUUGUGUUUCAUAUGUUAAUGAGGUUUGUACUUGUCGAAAGGGCCGUCGAAAAAGUGGAAAGUUCCAGUUUAGAUAUUUACAGGAUCGACCUGUAAUUUCUUGCUGGUGGGAUGCGGAGAUCUAUAACAGCAUCUGAUAUGUGGAAAUCUUUUCACGGGAUUAUAUGCGUGCACAAACCUCGUGAUAUUUCGCUCACUUCAUUGAAACGAUACCUCAUUAACGCAGUUUGUGGAAAUGCUAAUAAACGCUGCUUACCAAUAGAAAUACCAGAAAUCGAAAUGCCUAUUGUUGAACCCCAUCCAAUAUCACAAGCACCUGUCAUUGUUGGCUUACGAAAGCAGCCAAAUUAUGAGUUAGUGAGCAAAUAUUUCCGCUCUCGAUGCUGUUAAUGUACUCAGUCGAUGAUGCAGUUAUUAAAUGUUCCUAUAUGUACGGCGGCUUUCAUCCUCUUGUUGUUGGACAACCGUUUCGGAAAGAAGAUAUUCGAGUUGAAGAGCUAGAUUAUCAACAACCUGCAAGUUCCGGUCUAUGCCUACUGGGAAUUAAUGAUGGCUGCGAUAUGUUGGAAAGCUUACGUGAUCGUGUUUGGGUGAACGAAUAUGUUUUGAAAGGUCAGCUAGGUCGGGGAACAGUUCAAAAUAAGAUUCGAGGGAAAGUAAACCGGGAAUGCGACUAUGAGCACAUUACUUAUCGACAUAUGUCAAGAUUUCUAAUGCGAUUACAAGCUCAUUACAAAAAGUUAGCAUUUGAGCUAGCGAACGUGGAUUUAGCAAGCCAGGAAGCAUUUGAGCUAGCUCGAAAGGGUUUGCCUAGGCCUAAAGUACUUGGGACUCCUGUAAUAUAUUUUAUCAAACUGGUACGUUUCCAUUUGCCGCAUUUUACGAUCAAUUUGCAUUGUGUUUGCAAGGACGACGGUUUUUUACAAGAUUUCAUUAAUGAAGUUGCAUUGUCUCUAGCUAUCACAAAUUGUGAUUAUCAAAUGCAGAGUACCUAUUAGUGAUGACCCAACUACCCAUUCAGUAUGACUCCGCAUCAGCAGCUCAUAUUCGUAAAGGCUUCUCGGAUUUCGCUAAGCAAUGUGCAGCGCUAUCUCUUCUGCUUGCUUUAUGUUUGAAAGAUAUAUGUUAGUAAUGCUUAAAAAUAAUCAUUUCUGCAUUGUCAUGGG